AUGAGCUUUGCCUCUGGGCUGCUGCGCGACCUCUCUCCCUCCACCCGAAGUUCCUCCACAAACGCGACCAUCGACUCCACCGUUGGCGAUGUCCUAUGGGACUUGUGCGAGCGCAUGGACUACUACGUCCAGUACAACAUUCCCUCCAGCUGGCAGGUGACGGAGCUGCUGCGCGACAACAGCAUUGCCAUCCAGUGUAGCCCGCCGCCUCCCACGGAGGCUGUGGAGGGGUCGGGUGCAGCCGUGCACGGUAUUUCACUCAACUGUUUUGCAUACAAGCAGCGCGUAAAGCAGGCAGACAGCGUUCGGCUUCUACAUGUCUUCCUGAAGCGCUUCAACGCAUCGGUGAACAACUCGCUGGAGUUGCUGUCCGAGGGUCACCCGCCGCCACCGCCAGCGGAGGUAAGGGUGCCCGCCAAUGGCAGCAGCAGCAGUGCUGGGGAUGCCAGAACAGUGACGAGCGCUCACUCCCGUGACACCGAAGAUGACGAGGGCAUGUGCCAGACGCUCGCCAAGCAACUGAACAGCGCGGUGGCGGAGGUCACCUUUACGUCAGGUCCCGGCCAGCCCCUUGCCCAUGGUCUGUGCCGCGCCUUCUACAACUCCAAUGGUCGAUUCCACUACGUCAUCGUUGUUGCGGUGCCGGAGGAGGAGUACGCUAACUCGCUCGACCUCAUGAUCCAUGCCUUGGCUUCGGUUGUCGAGAGUCGUGUGGAGGCUGCGGCGAAGCGGACAUAG